CGAAAACAAGAGGAGCACCAACACGCCCACGACGCCGAGCAGAGAGGAUUAAAGUCCCGCAGAGAUGGCAGGGGAGUCCCGGGACGAGGUACCGGAAUCAGGAGCGGUUUUCACUUUUGGAAAGAGCAAAUUUGCAGAAAACGUCCCCAGUAAAUUCUGGCUUAAAAACGACGUGCCCUUAAAAAUAGCCUGUGGGGACGAGCACACCGCCUUUAUAACGGAAAAUGGGAAACUCUUCAUGUUUGGCAGCAACAACUGGGGCCAGCUCGGUCUGGGAUCCAAAUUGACGGUGAACAAGCCGACUUGUGUCAAAGCUCUUAAAUCUGAGAAAGUCCGGUUUGUGGCGUGUGGAAGAAACCACACUCUCAUCUACACAGCUCAGGGCAGAGUGUUGGCCUCAGGAGGGAACAGUGAGGGUCAGCUGGGACUCGGUGACUUUGAUGAGAGGACGACCUUCCAGAGGAUCGGGUUCUUUGAUUCACACGGACCAAUCAAAAUGCUCGCUGCCGGGUCGAAUACCUCCGCUGCUCUCACAGAAAGCGGCGAACUGUUCAUGUGGGGCGACAACACGGAGGGUCAGAUCGGUUUGGGGAAGGAGAGCCACGCCUCCUCGCCACAGGAAGUCAGCGUGGGACGACCAAUCAGCUGGGUCUCCUGUGGAUACUACCACUCUGCCUUAGUCACAGUUGAAGGAGCUCUGUACACGUUCGGGGAGCGGGACAGCGGUAAACUGGGUCUGGGCACCGACCAGCUGCAGCGACACCGAGUCCCUCAGCUGGUGAAGAGCCUCAAGGAGACGGUGACUCAGGUGGCCUGUGGAGGCGGACACACGGUGGCACUCACAGAGGACGAUGUGUUCACGUUCGGUCUCGGUCAGUUCGGACAACUCGGUCACGGGACGUUCACCUUCGAGUCGCGGCUGCCGAGGGCGAUCGAUCACUUCAAGAAGGGACGAGUGUGUCAGGUGACCUGUGGAGAAAACCACACGGCUGUCAUCACAGACGGUGGUUUGCUGUACACGUUUGGAGACGGCAGACAUGGGAAACUGGGCCUGGGAGAAGAAAACUUCACUAACCAGUUUAAACCGACUCUGUGUCCACGCUUCCUCAAGUAUAACGUCCAGGCCGCAACGUGCGGCGGCUGCCACAUGGUGGUGUUGGCUCGGCAGGAUCCGAGCUGCGCUCACGUGACUCUGGAGGAAGACGACGUGACAGAAGACUUCCUGGAGAAGCCGUACGUGGAGCUGCUGGGGGAGACGGCCGACUCCUCCACCCUGCAGAGGAGCCUCUCUGCUCGGGUCCGCAGGAGAGAGAGGGAGAGAUCUCCGGACCAGUUUGGAACCAUGUUCAGCACGCUGCCCGCCAUGACGCCCGGCUUCCUCCACCCGCCGCUGCCCGUCUCCAGCCAGACCAUCCCGCCCAGAUUGCCUCCGCCUGAGCUGAGCCACAGAAAGGUGCUCAACGGCACUCACCAACACAGGAGCGCAGGGUCAAUCCAGCAGGAGCAGGCAGACAGCGUGGUGGAGAGCCUGACGGACACCGACAGCGUUAAAGGCCUCGGAGAAACUUCAGACUUCCUCAACAUGACACAUAUGAUGAAGAUGGACCCCGGUGAUAAAUCACUCACUCUGUCUCCAGUUCAGAAGAGGAAGGGUCAGCACGGUAAGACCGCUAAAGAGAACCCAAAGACGGAGAGGAAGCUCUCGAAAAAGAGCAGCUCCUCUUCUCGUGAGAGCAAAGCCGUCUCUCCCCGCCGGGCGAGCAGCCACAGCGCUCGCUCUCCGGCCACUCAGAGCCCACACAGACGCAAAACAGCCAAUCAGAACAAAGAGAAUCUGAUCAUGGCCAUGGAGGAGCUGCAAAGGAAGCCCAGUAAAGACAGGCCGAGUGUAGGCGACAUUAGGAAGACAGCGUCCAAGCAGAGGCUCAGGCCGUCUCAGAGGAAAGGCCAGCUGAUCCAGGUCGGCAGGAAGCUGGAACCAGACUCUAAACCAAGUCCUGAAACCAGGAAGACCCCUUCAGGUGUCGGCUCUGAACCUGCACUGAACGUUAGGCAGGCGAAACCUGUCCGAGUUAAGAGCAAACCGAUAGUCGUGCAAAGUGCAGGAGUUGGCUCGCCAGGUGAACGCACUCACACACCUGGGUUUCCUCCAGACGGAGAGAGCUCAGGGAGCCCUCGACGUCUCUCUGAGGGGAAAAAAAAGUUUAAAGAGAGCUCAGAUUUUUCUAAGAAAUCUAAAAAAGAGAAGAACAAAAGAGAGGCAGAAUCAAAAACAGGAAAGGCGUCAAAGCUCGGCCUGCUCGCCGGGGCUGCAGCUGGAGCUGCCGCUCUUGCAGCGGGGUCGGUCUUAAUGCAUGAGGUGGCGUCCAGAAGCUCGCCGUCGCCAUCGGCAACGGGAUCCGAGAGCAGCCGUGGCGUCCAGAAAGACAGCGUGACCAAAUCACGGAGCGAAGAGUCUGAAUCCUACGCCGCCGAUUUGAGCAACAAAUCCAUCGUCAGCAUCAACAUCAUACCUGAGAGUGACAGCGAGGAGGAGAGGAAGGACUGACUGCAAUCAAAGACAAAGCAGGAGGAGGAAGAGGAGGAGAAGGAAACGAGUGACAGCGAGGAGGAGAGGAAGGACUCUGCAAUAACAAAGCUGGAGGAGGAAGAGGAUGAAGAUGAAAAAGGGCAGAAGACGAGUGCAGAAGUCAGCGAGGAGGAGGAGGAGGAGGAAGAAGAAGAAGAGGUCAGUCACAGUAUCGAGAAAGUAGCAGAAGAAGAAGAAGAUGACGAAGACAGCAACACUCUUCAACCAGAGGACGAGUCAGAAACUGAUGAAGGGGAGGAGGAAAGCAGGGAUGAGGAGGAAGACGAGAGCAGUGCUGAAGAAGAGGAGGAGGAGGAGGAAGAGGAAGCAAGAGGCACAGCAGGAAGUGAAAGUGAAGACGAGACAGAAUCCAAGAAGAGCAAAGGAGGGGAUGCACGAGAGGAGGAGGAGGAAGAAAGUGAGGAAGGAUCGAGUCAUGAAACGGAGAGCAAAGAGGGAGAGUCUGAAAAUGAGGAAGAAGGUGAGGAAGAAGAGGGGGGUCUGGAAAGUGAGGAAGAGGAGGGUGAAAGUGAGUCCUUAAAGUCAUCGGAGGAGGAAGAAGAGAGUGAGACAGAGGGAGGAGAAGAAGAAGAGGAGGAGGAGGAGGAGAGUGCUGAGGACGAAGAGGAGGAGGCAGAGGAGGAGAGUAGUGCUGAGGAAGAGGAGGAGGCAGAGGAGGAGAGUAUUGCUGAGGAAGAGGAGGAGGCAGAGGAGGAGAGUAUUGCUGAGAACGAAGAGGAGGAGGCAGAGGAGGAGAGUAGUGAGGAAGAAGAGGGUGAAAAUGAGGAUGAAAGUGAAGAAGAGGAGGAAGAGGUGAGUGAAAAUGAAAAGCAGGAGGUGGAGGAAGAAGAAGAGGAAGAGAGUGCUGAAGAAGAGGCAGAAGAGGAAAAGGAGAGUGAAGAAGAAGAAGAAGAAGAAGAGGAGGAGGAAGAAGAAGAGGAGGAGGAAGAAGAGGAGGAGGAAGAAGAGGAAGAAGAAGAAGAAGAGGAGGAAGAAGAAGAGGAAGAGGAGGAUCAAAACAGUGAGGAAGAGGAUGAAGAAGCUGAGGAGGAAGAGGCUGAUAAAAAUGACGAGGAAGAGGAGAAGGAGGGUGAAGAAGAAGAAGAGGAGGAGGAGGAGAUUGUCGAGAAGAAAAAGUCCUCUGAGGUUCAAAGUGUUAAAGCUGGCAGUCAGCGGAGGUCAGGGGUCAAAGGUCAGGCAGCAGACGAGUCAGAGGAGUUCUGGGAUGACGUGCUGCCUCAGUACCUCCACCUGAAGUAACGCCCACCAACCAUCCAUACGACGGAGCAUCACAUAAUCAUGUGACUGUUUAGUCCCACACAAGAAGCAGGUCCCUGAACUCAUCACUCACGGUGCCUUCACUGCUCGUAUUCCUUCAUUUUAUUCCACAUAGAAUGAACCAUUUCUUUUACUUUUAAAGACUUUGUUUACUUUUUAUCAUGGCAGCUUAAACAUGUGUUAAAGAUUAGUUUGUGUUUUAUUAAUGAAAGUAUUAAAUAUACUUUGAAACACUGAUUGGUCCUCACAGUGGAGACGGAAACACAAACACCAGUACUUUGAUAUUCUUCAGACAGGCUGCUUUAAUUACAAGAUUUACAUUUUUACUUCUUUUUCUAUUUUUAUUCGU